ACUUUUAACAGAAUUAGUCAGUUCCAGGCAACCGCUUCGAUCGUACGUAGAUGAUUUCGUCUCGAACCAAUUGUACAUAUGACUAUUUAAAAAGAAAGAAAAAUAUUAUUUAUUAACUCAAAUCUAAAAUCUCUCGUUGGAUUAAGACACUUUAUGUAGAUAUAUGCGUAACACAUGCGUCUAACGUACAAAGUUGAACAAGUUACGACGCAUCACUUGGCAUAUAUACAUGAGUCUUAAUUAAACUAUCCAAGCUCAAAAUAUAUGUUCUUUAGUGACCAUCGUUGAAAUUGCGAACACAAAGUCGAAAAGAAACGGUGCCGAUUCAACUUCGUGUUAGAAACUUACACUAUGGAUACUUAUCGUUUCUUUAUAGUUUUUCUAAUAGCGUACGUUACUUUCGGCGCUUCGGCGACGAACAGUAAUGGAUUUGGUCAAUAUACGUUAUGCGCCACUGAUGAAUGUAUAAACGCAGCUUCAGAGAUUUUAGCCAAACUCAAUCGUACCGUUGAUCCAUGUGAUGAUUUUUACCAAUUUGCUUGUGGCGGAUGGUUACAAACUAACCAACCAAAUCAGUCAUUUCCGAAAGUUGACUGUUUUUCAGUGCUCACAAACAAAGCACAGAAUCACCUUCGAGAAAUUUUAGAAGCACCUGUUAAGCAAAAUGAUACUAUGUCUUUGCAAAAAGCGAAACAUAUAUUUGCGCAGUGCAUGGGUAAAGACAGUGAAACAGUCGUUAGGAGUAACUUGAGCGCCAUCGUAAAUAGCUACGGCGGAUGGCCAAUGGUUUUGUCUCUUCACGAAUGGAGUACAAAAAAUUUGACGUGGCAAAAUAUUAGCACUAUUUUGCACAGAAAUACAUUUGACAAUGGCAUUUACCAAAUAGACGUGUUUGUAGAUUCCAGAAUGUCCAACAGUAACGUUAUCCAUAUUGUAGAUCCGCUUCUUUCUUAUCCUCGAGACGAAAUGAUUCAGAUGAACAACACUCAGCAGCUGAAAAACGGCUUAAUAUCCCAAAUUGUUAGCGUUGCGAAAAAACUUAUAAAAGAAACUAAUAGAACCGAAAUGAACAAUUUUACUCAAGAUGCACUUGACAUAAUACACUUUGAAAUGGAACUUGCUAACUUAACAAGCCCCUUGGAAACAAUAAUGGAUGUUGAUCAGUAUUACAUUCCGCUAACAAUCCAACAAUUGCAAGUAGAGUAUGACAAACAACAACCAGAAAUGAAGGGAAAGAUUGACUGGCAUUCAGCCAUUCAGGAAGUGUUUGCUUCAGAAGGAAUCACGAUUGAACCGGCUGAAAAGCUCGUCGUUCCAGCAUACAAAUAUCUCACCAAUUUAGUACCGUUAUUGGAACGAACACCAUCACGUACUAUUGUUAAUUUUAUGCAAUGGACCAUACUUAAAAAGCUAAUUAAGUACAACAAACAACCCAAUGCAAAUAGUACUGCACGCGUAAUACAGCACUCAAACGCAGUCGAUAAACAAAUGGAAGGAAAAGAUACACGGUGGAAGAAUUGCAUCAGCACGGUCAAUUUAAAAUCUGCUAUUUCACAUGAAUAUAUCAAGAAAUACAUAUUGCUUGAAAACAUAGAGAACAUCAGAGAAAUACGUACGGACGUUGAAAGCGCUGUUCGUCAACAAAUACAAAACGUCACAUGGAUGGAUGAACCUACAAGAGUAGCAUCUCUUGAGAAACUUGCGCAUAUGAACUACGCGUUUUUUAAGCCCGAUUGGUACAGCGACGAAGCUAUUGACAGAUAUUAUGAAAACCUGAACGUCAGUAUGGGAUAUUUAGACAACAUCAUAAAUAUAUUGAAAUUCAAGAAUAAGAAAAAGAUGAACUCGCUCCGAACACUUGUAAACAAAGACAAAUGGUUUCUUGAACCGACAGUACCAGAGGCAUACAACACUCCGUUUUACAAUAAAAUCGUUGUCACAGCUGCCUUAUUACAAAGUCCCAUAUAUGACAGAAAUCGUGUUGCAUUGAUGAAUUACGGAACGCUAGGAUUUAGUAUCGCACAUGAAAUCAAUCACGCCUUCGAUACUCAAUGUAGGAAGUUCGACAAAGAUGGCAACGCCGUGCAAUGGUGGACACAAGAAGCUAUCAAUAAUUACAACAAUAUAACGCAAUGUUUCGUUGACCAAUACAACGAGUAUCUAGUUCCGGGAUUCAAGAAUAUUCGAGUUAACGGACAACGGUCGCUCGGAGAGAGCAUAGGCGAUUCUGGUGGAAUUGUUGCUGCAUAUUACGCGUACAAGAACAGAAAAGCAAGACUGAACGAAACAGAUUGGCGACUGCAAGGACUAGAAGAUUACAGCGAAGAUCAAAUAUUGUUCUUGACUUAUGCUCAAUUAUUCUGUGAAACCGCUUUGCCGGAACGGAUAGAAGAAGAUAUUAUUUUGGAUCCUUUCCAUCCUUUGAAGGAAAUUAGGAUUCGCGGUAGUCUUUCGAACUCUCGUGAGUUCUCCGAGACUUACAAUUGUUCCCUGGGAAGUCGAAUGAAUCCGGAGAAGAAGUGCGUACUUUGGUACUAAACCGACGAGUAACGAAGACACGUAGAAGUACUGAAAUUACAAAAUUAUGAUUGCGGAUUUCCCUUCAGCAAACAAGUCAUUUGUAAUUAUCAAAAAACUAUUACAUAUGUAAUAUAUUAGUGCUUGUUAAGUAUUAAAUUGCGGUAAAAUA